UGGUGCUCGAACCGCGAGUUCAGUUCAGUUCUGGUUCUAAGGUCAUGUGACCGCUCUUUUGUAAAACUUCGAGAAAACAGUUCACAUCAAGCGCGACGCCAGUCAGUAGUCCGGAGGCACUACUUCUGAAAAUGGCACUAAGGGACGAGCUCCUCAAGGCAAUAUGGCAUGCAUUCACAGCCCUGGAUGUGGAUAAAAGUGGGAAAGUGUCUAAGUCACAGCUGAAGGUGCUUUCCCAUAACCUGUGUACAGUGAUGAAGAUCCCUCAUGAUCCUGUUGCUCUAGAGGAACACUUUAGAGAUGAUGAUGAAGGUCCUGUUUCCAAUCAGGGAUACAUGCCUCACCUGAACAGGUUCAUUCUGGACAAGGUCCAGGACAACUUUGACCGAAUGGAUUUUAACAGGAUGUGCUGGACUCUGUGUGCUAGAAAAAACCUCAACAGAAAUCACCUGCUUAUCUCAGAUGAUGAUGCAUUUAAGAUCUGGUGCAUUUUCAACUUCCUCGCUGAGGAUAAAUAUCCAUUGGUCAUGGUCUCAGAGGAGAUAGAGUACUUCCUUCGUAAGCUAACAGAAGCCAUGGGUGGCAGCUGGAUUGAGGAAAAGUUUGAAGAAUACAAGAUCCAGCUGAGCAGCAAGCACCAGUGUCUGAACGUGUGGGAGCUGAUUGAGUUGGUGGGUAUGGGUCACUUCAGUAAGGGCAUGGACCGCCAGACCCUCUCCAUGGGCAUUAAUGAGGUGUUCCAGGAACUUAUACUGGAUAUGCUCAAACAGGGCUACAUGAUGAAAAAGGGCCACAAAAGGAAGAACUGGACCGAACGGUGGUUCCUGUUGAAGCCCAACUUAAUUUCAUACUAUGUUAGUGAAGAUCUCACAGAAAAGAAAGGAGACAUACUACUAGAUGGAAACUGUUGUGUUGAGUCCUUACCUGAUAAAGAGGGGAAAAAGUGCCUUUUCUACGUCAAGUGCUCUGACAAAAGCUUUGAAAUAAGCGCCUCUGAUAAGAAGAAAAAACAAGAGUGGAUUCAAGCUAUUCAGACUUGUAUCACACUCCUGAAGGUGGGACGUCCAGCUCCACACCUUGAGGCACGGCAAAAGCGGCGAGAGUUACGACAGAAACAACAAUCUGAGCAGGAAGAACUGGAGCUGAGGAUGAGAGAGCUGCAGACGGCCAAUGAGAACAAACAGAGAGAGCUGGAGGCCUUGAGGAAGAAACUGGAGGAGGCUGCAGCCAAUGCAGCAGAAGAAGAACACAGACGUCUGCAGACCCAGAGCGAGCUGCAGGAUCUUUACCGGGUGGAAAUGGAGAAAGAGAAAAUGGUGCGGCAGCAAAUGGAGGAACAGGUGGCUCAAAAGUCCAGUGAGUUAGAGCAGUACCUGCAGCGCGUACGUGAGCUGGAGAACAUGUACCACCGCUUAGAAGAAGCACUGGAGGAGGAAAGACAGGCCAGACAAGAUGAGGAAACUGUCAGAAAACUACAGGCUAGGCUGCUGGAGGAGGAAGUAUCCAAGCGCGCAGAGCUGGAGCAGGUACACUUGUAUCAACAGCAGACCAUUUCCCAGACACAGGCAGAGAAACAGGAGCUGGAGCGAGAACGGCUGGCGAAGGAGAGCGCUUUGCAGUCUGCCAUGCAGCAGCUGCAGCAGCUGGAGGCUGACAGACAGGGUGCACUGGAGCAAUAUGAGGAGGUGAUGAAAAAACUAGCAGAUGCUGCUAAUAACACAAAGAGCUGGAAGGACAAGGUGUCUCAUCAUGAAGGGCUCAUACGGCUCAUUCAGCCAGGUCCCAAGUACCCUCAGAAAAUCACAAACUGGGGACCUGCAGCAUUCACAGAGACAGAACUGAGUCUGAGAGAGAAAGACUGGCAGGAAAAGAAAAACAGGCCUGCUACACCCCAAUAGUGUGUUCAGUCUGCAGAUCUGCUGUCCUGUCAAUACACGUUACUGUAGAUACAAUCACUAGUGAAGUAAAUAUAUACUGCCUCUGUGGGGUUAGCCUCUGACCACACUAAAACUGUAGGCCACUUGACUUUACACGAGGUAAAGCUGAGCCUGGCCUCAUCUGAAGAAUUGUCUCACCAUUCCAGUCUAUACUGUAACAUUCCAGUGUCAUUUUGUCCUUGGCUUUGAUGAUUUUAUACAUUUUUUGUGUGAUGUUCUACAUCUUGUGAAUGUGUUAAUUUUGGUGCAUUUCCACCAAAGUAAUGGCAGAUGUUUCUUCCCCAUAAUUCAUGAGUUUUUAAAACAGGUUAAAAGUUUUGUUUUUUUUUAAGUAAAAAAACUAAUGAAGUAAACCUAACUGACCAAGUAAAUGUAUUUUUAAAAACAAUGCAGUUAUGCAUACAUUGCAUUUUCAUCUCUAAUAUACUUUUUAAAAGUAUCAAAAAUGUCAGUUUUACAUUUGAAAUAGUAAUAAAGCAUGCAGAAUGGACUAAUAAAACAUUUAGGUAUAAUUUAUAAUUAAUACUUGUGCUAGAACAAUUGACAUAGCAAGAACGUAUAGCAGUUGUUCACGCAAUCUCAUUCAAGGAGACAUGACUGCAGUAUUAACUAAUUUAUAUGCUCAAUUUAUUAACACAAUUGUGUUUUACCUACAUUUUAUCUGUGUUUUUGGGACUAUUCAGUUAUGUACAAAUACCGUACCAAACUGUUUGCCUCAAACUAAUGUCCAAAUUUAAGCCUGAGACUGUAUUGUUUAUCAUUCAAUAA